AAAAUAUUCUUUUACAGUUCUUUCGUCUGCAAUGAUAACUCCCUGCAACAUCCUAACAAGAAGUCCACUAUGCGCAGCUGGGAGCUUUAUUUAAUGUGCGGAGUCUUGCCAGUUUCAGUUAUUCUUGUUGUGCAGUUCUUUACUAGAAUCUGUACAAUGUGAUUCCCAUCAAUGUGAAUCUUCUUUUUGGAGCAGCCAGGGAGACUGCCCUCCUGCCCUUUACUUCAGCAUGGAGCAAACCCGAAUAUAGUGACUAAGCCAGUGGAGGAUCACAACGACCCCAAGUGCUGUGAGGAAAUCUAUGGCCUAAGCAAUGUUCCCAUUGCUGAAGCAUGCAAACAGAGGUCCCUGGCAAUGUUGGAUCUCUUGCUGAAGCACGGCGACGACAAUGGUUCGGGCUAUUGGAAUAGCAAUCAGCGGCGGAGAUGAAGAGGUUUCCUUGACAGUCAUCACCCGCCAUCAUGUGCUCACUAAAGUUCCUCAAGAGCUGUUUCAUCUGGUCAGUCUCAAAUAUUUAAAUAUUGCUCAGAACAGGAUCACUGAUCUGCCAGCCCCAGUAGGAAAGAGCUAUAGCUGCCCUGUUUUGGAUGAGCAUUUCCUCCAGGAUAACCAGUUAACCAGCCUUCCCAUGGCCAUAUUCCAUUUGCCCGCUUUGACCAUCCUGAAUGUUUCGAAUAACAAACUGCAAAAGUUGCCCUUCGAUUUGUGGCGAGCUCCGAAGUUGCGGGAGCUUAUGUGGCAUUCAGUCCGUGCCAUCCGUGCAAACCAGUAGUUCCCUGCUGAGUCUGGACAAACUGCAGCUGCAGACUUUUGAGGAGCCGCGAUCGAACAAGCCCCGCAAUGUGAACCAACAGUGUCUAACGCAUCGAAAUCUCUGGCCCGGCUCUCUGGAAAUAACCGACAACGACCUUAAAUGGCAACAGGAUCCAGACUUGGGAGAUGGCAAGACGGCAGGAACGGGAUCCUCCCAGCUCAGCAGUCUCAACAUAGCCAACAACCUGUUCACCAGCAUUCCCUCAGCUCUACCUUGCUUGGCCGUUAAUCUGACUAGGCUGAACAUGUCCUAAUAAUUAUUAUUUUUUAUAUUUUCACAUUAUCAGCGGGGUUCUGUUGUUCUGACUUAGAAGUCGGAAGGAUAACUUUGCAGAAUCACAACCUCCUUUGAAGUUGAGGAUCUUGCCCGGCUCACACCCUGUUCGAGUUGGUAGGUACUUGGAUCGACCACCAUUCCCAGGAAUUCCAACAACCAGUGGAAUCAUUGCGCCCAGAAUAAUAAAUAUUUUUAAAUUCAUUACACUGAAGGUUAGAACCUCCUUAGGUUAAAACAAAAA